AUGAGCGCGACCCAGACCCAGACGCGCAGCCACGGCGGCCACUCGCACCACCACCAUCACGACAACACGUACCUCGUGUCCAAGAACAAGAACGAUGCCGGUGUGCGCAUCACGCGCAUCGGCCUGUACGUCAACCUAGGCAUGGCCGUCGGCAAGGGCGUCGGAGGCUACGUCUUCCACAGUCAGGCAUUGGUUGCCGACGCCAUCCACAGCCUGACCGACCUUGUCAGCGACAUCAUGACGCUGGCGACGGUAUCAUGGUCGCUGAAGCCCCCUUCGGAACGGUUUCCGAGCGGAUACGGAAAGAUCGAGAGCCUGGGUUCUCUUGGCGUCAGUGGUAUCCUACUCGGGGGAGGGAUGAUGAUGGGAUGGGCUGCCCUGGUUGCACUUGCCCAGCAGUUCUUCCCAGACGCUGCACACUUUGCGGCCGAGUGGGGGUUGCUCCCGCACAGCCACGGGCACGCGCACGGCGCUGGGUCCCUCGGGCCCAACAUCAACGCAGCAUGGCUGGCGGGAGGGUCGAUCCUGAUCAAGGAGUGGCUAUACCGCGCAACACUCAAGAUCGCCAACGAGCGCAAAUCCUCCGUCCUCGCAUCGAACGCAUAUCACCACCGAGUGGACUCGCUCACGGCCUUCGUUGCCCUGCUCAUGAUCUUUGGCUCCAACAUGCUUAACAACGCCUCCUGGCUGGACCCGGUCGGCGGACUCGUCAUUUCAUUCAUGGUCAUCCAAGCUGGUGUAGGCAACACCAGAGAUGCGCUCUUUGAGCUCGCCGAUGUCGGUAUCGAGAAGGAGAUGAGCGAUAAGGUGCGGAAAGCGGCCACAAAAGCCCUCGACGACAUCAACGUCGGAUCAUCCAGCGAUGUGAACGUACGCCAUGUGCAAGGUGUCAAGUCUGGCCAGAACUACCUUAUGGAUGUGGAGCUUGGCGUACCCGGCACAUACAGCGUCGAGCAGACACGAGGAAUCGAGAACCUGAUUCGUGAACGAGUAGGAGCCAAGGUGCGCGGAGUGAAGAAAGUCCGAGUGCGAUUUGUCUCCAACACAGCAGACCAACCCGACUUUCUGGACGAGUUCAUCAACCUUGGCGAUGGCGCAAGUUUGUCUCCCGAGUCAGAGUCGGACCACGAGCACGAUCACGAUCACGAUCACGAUCACAAAGAGAACGGGAGCGUGAAGAAGAAGAAUUGA